GGGGAGUGGGCCUGGCCGGAGCUUUUAAUACAGAUGCGCCCCUCCGUGCGCCCUGCGUUCAGGGCAGAGACGAGGCGAGACGAGACGAGACGAGACGGCACCAUGACUGCACCCGGCAACACCUACGACGUUAUAGUGGUCGGUGGAGGCAUAUCAGGGUUAAGUGCAGCCAAGCUGCUGAAAGCCCAUGGACUGAACCCUGUAGUGCUGGAGGCCAGGAAUCGUGUCGGUGGUCGCACCUUCACUGUGCGGAAUAAGGAGACAAAGUGGGUUGAUCUGGGCGGGGCUUACAUCGGACCAACUCAGAACCGCAUCCUCCGACUGGCCAAAGAAUACAACGUAAAGACUUACAAAGUCAACGAGCAGGAGAAACUGGUGCAUUAUGUCAACGGAAAGUCUUACCCAUUCAAAGGCUCCUUCCCUACCAUGUGGAACCCCAUCGUCCUGUUGGACUUCAACAACCUGUGGAGGACAAUGGACGAGAUGGGCAGGGAGAUCCCCAGAGAGGCUCCCUGGAGAGCUCCCCAUGCCGAGGAGUGGGACAAGAUGACCAUGCAGCAGCUCUUUGAAAAAAUCUGCUGGACCAGUACCGUUCGCCGCUUCGCCACGCUGUUUGUCAACGUGAACGUGACCUCUGAACCCCACGAGGUGUCGGCGCUGUGGUUCCUCUGGUACGUGAAACAGUGCGGAGGGACCAUGAGGAUCUUCUCCACUACUAACGGGGGGCAGGAGAGGAAGUUUGUGGGCGGCUCCGGUCAGAUCAGCGAAUUCAUGGCCAAGGAGCUGGGCGACCAAGUGAAGCUGCAGUCUCCGGUCUACAGGAUCGACCAGACCGGAGACAUGGUGGUGGUGGAGACGGUGGACAAGCAGACUUACAUGGCCAAGUACGUGAUCGUGGCAACCCCUCCCGGUCUAAAUCUGAAGAUGCACUUUAACCCCGAGCUGCCACCGCUGAGGAACCAGCUGAUCCACCGCGUCCCCAUGGGCUCGGUCAUCAAGUGCAUGGUGUACUACAAAGAGAACUUCUGGAGGAAAAAGGGCUACUGUGGCAGUAUGGUGAUCGAGGAGGAAGGCGCUCCCAUCGGCCUGACACUGGAUGACACAAAGCCUGAUGGGACUGUGCCUGCCAUUAUGGGAUUCAUCCUCGCCCGCAAGUGCAGAAAGCUGUCAGGGCUGACCAAAGAAGAGAGGCUGAAGAGGAUCUGCGAGAUCUACUCCAGGGUGCUGGGCUCAGAGGAGGCUCUGCAUCCGGUGCACUAUGAGGAGAAGAACUGGUGUGAGGAGGAGUACUCUGGGGGCUGCUACACAGCCUACUUCCCCCCAGGAAUCCUCACGCAGUAUGGCAAGGUGCUGAGGGAGCCGGUCGGCAGGUUGUAUUUCGCAGGCACCGAGACGGCCACGGAGUGGAGUGGCUACAUGGAGGGGGCCGUGCAGGCCGGAGAGCGGGCAGCCAGAGAGGUCAUGUGUGCGAUGGGUAAAAUCCACCAGAGCCAGAUCUGGCAGACGGAGCCUCAGUGUGUGGAGGUCCCAGCGCUGCCCUUUGUCACCACCUUCUGGGAGAGGAAUUUGCCUUCGGUCGGCGGUCUCCUCAAGUUCAUGGGAAUUUCCACCCUCCUGUCUGUUGCCACCGCAGCCGGUGUGGUGGCCUGCAAGAAGGGCCUCCUCCCCCAGAGUUAAACCGCCCGCACCCGUCAUCUCACUCCUCUGCAUCUCAAGGGGGGGGGUAACAUCUCAAUAGACACUGUACUCAUGUACUCCUAGUGCACUACUUUACAGUAUGUUCCAAGAUACAAAGUUUUGAACUACAUAGGGAAUAGGAUGUUUUUGUGAUUAACACCCUGCUGUAAGAAAGACCGUUCAGCUCACUACUGCACCGUCACUCUGUGCAGGGGAGAGAGAGAGAAAUAGUAACGGGCUGAUUAACACUAAAGAGAUGCUAGUUUGAGGGGAGUGAGGAAGACUUCUCUUCAUCCUAAUCUUACCUGCUUCAGACUCCAUUCAGACUGAAACGAUGAAACUAAUGAAGGAAAAUGAUCCGAAUCAAUUUAAAAGUAAAAGAUAUACAUCACUGUUAAUAUUCCACUCAUUGCCAAUGACAUUCACAUUCUUGAUCACAUGAGAGUUGAUUAACUUAUCAUGCUUAUUGUGUGUGUAUGGGUUUGUACGCAUGCGCACGUUCUUUGGUGAGCAUGCAUUUGUGCGCGUGUUUGUCAAUUGUGUACAGAGUGUGUGUGUGUGUGUGUGUGUGUGUGUGUGUGUGUGUGUGUGUGUGUGUGUGUGUGUGUGUGUGUGUGUACCCACUGUGUCUAAUUACCUCUGCUGAUUUUAGGUGCUGAUUUGUUCUGGCCAAGCAGCUGCGGCUGUUUGAUGAGAUCCAGUAACAUCAGAAUAGAACAGAGUUGUGCCAUUGCCCGUUAGAGAAUCACAGAGGAGGUUCAGGGAUGAGGCUGGUGAUGUUGUACAUUUUUCUCAUGCGUCAACUGGUCCCAUGAAAAGACAAGAACCGGCAACGAAUCCAUCCUUUUCUCAAGUAGCGUUGGUGCAGCUAAAGCCUGAUAUCGCUCGCUCCUCCGAGCCACAGAGCUCCGGCGUCGUCGGAAAUGUUUUUUUCACUAAGACGAACUUAAGCACGGUUAUUUGUUACGUCAACUCCACACACGCUGCCCUGCUGCCUGGUCGUGUUAAGGCGUGUUCAGAAUCGAUGCAGAAUCCUGCCCGGUGUCUUUAUUUUUUUUUUUGCAGAUGUGUGGUCGGGCAUCCCGCCUUUAUUCACCCCCAGCAGCCCAAGUGACUUAUGCAGUUAUCCAAGCUUUAUGUGAAGGCUCACACUCCAGUUCAUUCUUUUGUUCUGCUCCAGUUUUUCUCCUUUGCUCUCUUCGCUUUCUGUACGACGACGAAGGGGGAGUCGUACACCCUCCCGAGGAGCUCCCGUCUUUCGUUCCGGUUGAAACAUUUUCGGUUUUAUUUAUGCAUCCAAGAAUCACACACAUUUGCCUUAAAUUGUAAAAUUUUGCUAUUUGUACAACAUGAGCCAACCCUGACUUUAAUUUAUUUUAAAUGAAUCCCACAACAACUGUUCCCGUGCCAGAUAUCACUCACUAGCAAACCAAGCUCACGGCUCAAAAUAGUUCCCAGCAAAUGCAGAAUUGAAUCCUGUUUGACUAACAUUUCCUGAGAAGGGCAGGGCCCGACUGUUUAGAAAAAUGACUUCUCGGGCUUCUAUGUUUUUGUUUUUUUUUAAAGAUGAAUGUCCUCAACUUGGACAAGGGCAUCAUCAGUUUUCAUGGGAUUUGUUGACAUUCUAAAUCAAUGAGAGAAUGCAUUGGAUGAAUAGUGCCAGCUUUCUUCUUCAAAUUAAAACCUGUAUUUAGUGGUGAUGUGCUACUAAGCUGCUCUGUAUGGUUAAUCUUUUGGUAGAUGUAACGGAGGCAUUCGAAUGUAUUUUCUUCACACUAGAUACUAAAAAUUAUUUGUUGCUGUUUUAUGAUGAUCCAAUUAUUGAGAUAUAUAUAUAUAUAUAUAUUUUUACUUUUUCUCAUUCGUAAUUUCGAUUAACACAAGAGUUAUAGUACUGUGGACUAACAAAGCCAACAUACUAUGUUUUUUAAAAACGCAAAACCGAUAUGAAGCCGUUUUAGAGCAGUCCACCAUUGCAGUUCCUCUGCGAAGGCCUCCAACAAUCGUGUUGGGUUCUAUUGACUUAAAUUAUUGCACCUAAUAGAUGCUUUAUCGAAUUAUUUACUUAUACAGAGUCUAAUGAGUUUAGGUGACACGAGGUGUAGAUCAUGUUUGUAAGAAAAGUUUUGAUUUGUUAAAAAUGACAGAAAACUGCUUCUCCUUCAAAUAACGGGAGAAGACAGACGAAUAAAUGAAGAAUUGUUCUCAGAAAAGAUUAUACAGACAUUUGGAGGAACAAAGCUCGUGCUUAACAGUUGAGAAACGCAGCUGACUACUUGCAGUAAAUGCUCCUUUUCGGCCACGUCGCGAGCAUUUCGAACGGCAGUCCGCGAUGAGUCGCGUCCGCAGCCAUUUGUCGGAGUAGGAGUCGUGUUUAGUCGCAGCCGAAUGGAAAUCCGAUUUUGGAGGUAGACGUGAAGAAAACCAGUCAACACACAACUGAAUCUGCGUCUGAUUUGAAGGACAGUGUACUGUGUGUGCAGCUCUGUAUGCUCACUGAGAGAAUCUCACUGUUCUUGUCCCAAAGACUGGUGUGUGUGUGUGUGUGUGUGUGUGUGUGUGUGUGUGUGUGUGUGUGUGUGUUUGUGAGUGUAGUUAUCUGUCGUGCCUUAAUGGAAGUCGUAGUGUUUUUGUCAUUUCUCUCAAGUGCCUGUGUGACUCUGCCCUUUGCUCCUGUCCCCUCCCGCCUGCGCCGGGGGUGAGAGGUCAGAUGGACCGGGUCAUUGGAUUAAGCAGUCUCCAGUAACCACCGAUGCACAGGGGCCGGCAAGACAACACCACCUUGUCGCUCUUGGCGUGUCCAAAACCUUUACUUUUUAAAUUCCCCCUGUGUUACCUGAGUUGUAUCCUCACCAUAAACUGGACUCAGGUAAAGCCAGGUGUAUAAACACAGUGUCACCUUUGAAUAAUUGAGCUCAGACUGUUGGGUUCAUCAAACUGCUUAUCUCCAGUGAAGCCAAGUCUGUGUGUGCUUGUGUCGUGAUUGCAGUGCUUCGCUCUCUGUCUCCACUCGUUGUGAUGGCCCCCGUGUCUCUGUAGCUGCUUAACUUCACCCUGUCAGCACUGACCCCCCCCCCCAACCUUUACCCCCUAUGACCUACCCCCCGACCCCCCUCAUCACAGCACCUGCACCGGUUUUGCAGUUCUAGAAGUAAGGACCGGACGUUGAUGAUCUCAAAGUGUUCACGGUUAGGGUUAUCCGACUUCAGUGAAAGGAAAAAGCCAGCACACUCUGUCCGUCCUUCCACACUACAGUGCUAGCAUCAAACCAUCAGCAGACAUUGUGUGGUUACUCGCUCUCUGACCCCUUCUCCAUGGUCUUCUGAAGACCUGAGACCGUUCCACCGUCCCUCUCGUCCUUCUGUGCACAUGAGCCUCCUGAUUUAUCCCUGUGACCCGUUCUUUGAUGUCUUUGAUUCCUCAAACAAAGCUGGUGAUGUUUAAAAGAAAAAAUGUGAAAUAAAUC